AUGUCUUAUAAUGACCACCUUAAUUUACACGAGAACACUCCUGUUAGGAGAAACACUACAGAAAAUAAUUUAAGCUCCUGUUCCCGGAUAUUAGCACCUCUUGAGAAUCCUGAGAUUACUCGCCGUUAUACUGCUGAUGCUGCCAAUUUUGGUACUCCUGAGUGUUUUUCUGCAAUCCAAUUACCUGUUUCAAGUGGUCCGAAUUCCCCUUAUUUGAAAGAUGUUCAUGUUGAAGAGGGUGACCAGAGUAGUCUUACUGUUGCCGUUCGUGUGCGCCCUUUUAAUCAACGAGAGCUUGCUUAUCCAGAUUUAUCCUGUAUUAUUUCCAUGAAGGAUAAAGAAACUGUUGUGAAAACCGGCUCUAAUCAAUAUGUAUACAGUUAUGAUUUUUCAUUUUGGUCAUUUAACAAAGCGGACAUUCAUUUUGCCAGUCAAGAAAAUGUGUACAAAUCAUUAGCUCAGCCUUUGUUAGUGAAAGCUUUUCAAGGUUACAACACUAGUUUAUUUGCAUAUGGGCAAACUGGCAGUGGGAAAAGUUACAGUAUCAUGGGUUAUGGCAAAGAAGAAGGCAUUGUUCCAAGAUUCAGUAGAGAACUAUUUGAAAGGAUUAAAAUAGGAUCAGGAAAAAAUGAGGUGAAAAGCAGCGUGGAAAUAAGUUUUUUUGAAAUCUAUAAUGAAAAGAUUCAUGAUCUUCUUGAAUCGGUGAAGGAUAAACGAGCUAAAAAAACAGCAUUAAAAGUACGAGAACACCCAAUACUUGGGCCAUACAUUGAAGGACUUUCAACUCAUAUGGUCAAUUCUUUUGAAGAUAUACAGUGUUGGAUUAAUCUUGGGAAUAAGAAUCGUGCAACUGCUGUCACAGGAAUGAAUGAUAAAAGUAGCCGGUCUCAUUCCAUUUUUACAAUGGUGCUCACACAGACAAAGACGCAAGAAAUUGAUGGACAGAAACAUGAUCAUUCUACAACCAGCAAAAUAAAUUUGGUUGAUUUGGCUGGCAGUGAACGACAGUCAACAUCUCAAUGUUCCGCCUAUUUUUCUAAAUUAUUUUUUUUUCUUUUCUUUUCUUUUCUUUUUUUUUUCUCUUUUCUUUCUUUUCUCUUUUCUUUCUUUUUCUCUUUUCUUUCUUUUUCUUUUCUUUUCUUUUUUUUUCUCUUUCUUUUUUUUUCUCUUUUUCUUUUUUUCUCUUUUCUUUCUUUUUUUCUCUUUUCUUUCUUUUUUUCUCUUUUCUUUCUUUUUUUCUCUUUUCUUUCUUUUUUUCUCUUUUCUUUCUUUCUUUCUCUUUUCUUUCUUUCUUUCUCUUUUCUUUCUUUCUUUCUCUUUUCUUUUCUUUCUCUUUUUUUCUUUUUUUCUUUUCUUUUCUUUUCUUUUCUUUUCUUUUUCUUUUCUUUCUCUUUUCUUUUCUUUUCUUUUCUUUUCUUUUCUUUUCUUUUUCUUUUCUUUCUUUUCUUUCUCUUUUUUUAA